GGACAGCCCAGGGCCAUGUUUGGGGCCAAGAGGAUCUUCUUCUUAAAGGGUAAAUUUAACCCUUUGCUGCUUCUCUCCCACUCAGGCAUCUGUGGCUCCUGUGCCAUGAACAUUGGAGGGGGGAACACGCUGGCCUGCAUCAAAAAAAUCGACUCUGAUCUCAGCAAGGUCACCAAAAUCUACCCUCUGCCCCACAUGUACGUGGUGAAGGACCUUGUCCCGGACCUGAGCAACUUCUACGCCCAGUACAAAUCCAUCGAGCCGUACCUGAAGAAGAAGGACAAGUCCAAGGAGGGCAAGCAGCAGUACCUGCAGUCCAUAGAAGACCGUCAGAAACUGGACGGGCUCUACGAGUGCAUCCUGUGUGCCUGCUGCAGCACCAGCUGUCCCAGCUACUGGUGGAACGGGGACAAGUACCUGGGCCCUGCUGUCCUCAUGCAGGCCUAUCGCUGGAUGAUCGACUCCAGGGACGACUACACAGAGGAGCGCCUGGCACAGCUGCAGGACCCCUUCUCCCUCUACCGCUGUCACACCAUCAUGAACUGCACCAGGACCUGUCCCAAGGGUUUGAACCCUGGCAAGGCCAUCGCUGAGAUCAAGAAGAUGAUGGCAACCUACAAGCAGAAGGCGACGGCUGCGUAACCUCCGUGGAUCCCCCGUGGGACCCCCCUGGAACCCCACAGGGGCUCCACCCGGACACAACUUACACCUGGAGGAGCUUCCAGCAGGGAGUUGUUCUUCCCAGAGGUUUGCACUUCCAAUAAAGACUGGAAAGAACA